AUGGACAUCGACCUCAUCCUCUCGGAUACGGUGAGCACGGGGGCGGAUCGUCAGGCGAUGAUGGAUCCGUCUUCAAUCUCGACCGCCUGUUCGAGGCUGCUGGGGUCGAUAGUGCGGAUGAUGGGCGGCCUCCGCCGAACUAGUGCUUCGUCUAGGACGGGACGAAGCAGACGUUGUCCUUAUCCAGGAACCGUGGCUGAGCAGAAACGGUAUCACUGGUCUAAGGACAAAGAGCCACAAGCUCCUGGUGGCAAACAGUACAGUAACGAGGAUGUCGUCGCUGCUAGACUGGAGGACAGCGCUGGAGAACUCUGGCUUGUCUCAGCCUACAUGCCGCACGACGACGAGGUGGAGCCACAUCCGUACCUGCUGAGGAGAGCUCUGGCAGAGGCCAGGCGCAAAGGGGCCGGAGUCUUAAUAGCCUCGGAUGCUAACUCAAGGCACACCGUCUGGGGGAGCUCGGACCUUAACGAAAGAGGUUUGGCGGACCCGAAUACUUAUCCGAAAUGGAUAUUGGCCGUCUUAACAAGUUUGUAG